AUGUCUGCUCCACCUUUGCUUCGCCCACCGGGCUCGAACCACAAGACUGCAUCAGGUCGGCAGAAGUUGCCGUCCUUGAAAAUCACCACGGCCGCGACCCAACCCCAGAUACCGCUGCUUAGAAACACACGGACGAGUUUGAGCUCCAACGACACGGAUGUGGCCACUCCUGUGAAGCUGAACGAAUACGAGCUUGCAGGCCCCGAGGCCUUUUUACAACGCUCCAGCGAUUCGAUGACGGAUUCGAAUCCAUCGAUUGUAAGCGCCAAGAGCACAGAUACCCUGAUCAGUGAUCUGGGGAACUUGACUAUUCAGAACAAGGAGUCCGAGUCAAGCACCAAGAUCACCUCGAAAGCAUUAGAAGACCUAGAGGAGGAGGACUGGCGACAGUUGGCCGAAUUGAACCAGAUACGCACACUAGAGGUUCUGGGAGAGGGGAACGGUGGCUCUGUGAAGAAGUGUCAGCUUGCUUCGACCCGCCAGGUGUUUGCACUCAAGACGAUCACGGUUGAUCCGUCGCCUGGGUUCCAGAAACAGCUUGUUCGAGAACUCAACUACAACAGGAAGUUUCGCAGCGAUUACAUUGUCAAGUACUACGGCACCUUUUUCAACUCGUCAGACGCGUCAAUUUGUAUCUGUAUCGAGUACAUGGGUGGCCGGUCACUGGAUGCAAUAUACAAACGGUUUAAAGAGAAAGAUAUGCGGAUUGGGGAAAAAGCGUUGGGAAAGAUGGCCGAGAGUAUUCUUCGCGGGCUGGCAUACUUGAACCAGCAAAAAGUGCUUCAUAGAGAUAUCAAGCCCCAGAACAUCCUUCUAGACACCAUGGGCAACGUGAAGAUAUGCGAUUUCGGAGUGUCUGGCGAGGUGGUCAAUUCGCUGGCCACCACGUUCACAGGAACCUCGUUUUACAUGGCUCCGGAGCGGAUCAGAAACGAGCCCUACACAAUUACCUGCGACGUCUGGUCGCUCGGGUUGACUUUGCUCGAGGGAGCAAUGGGGAUCUUUCCGUUCGCUUCGCAGGAUCCCACGCUUGAGAUUUCUCCAAUCGAAUUACUGCUAAUAAUACUGGAGUUUGAGCCCGAGCUCAAUGAUGAGCCAGAGGAAAACAUCACCUGGUCGGCCAGCUUCAAGGACUUCAUCAAGGUGUGUUUGAUCAAGGAAAACCGCAAACGUCCUAGUCCCCGCCAAAUGUUGGAGCAUCCUUGGAUGCGUGGCCAGAUGAACAAGAAAGUGCGGAUGGACAAACUGGUCCAGUUCUGCUGGGAGGACUAG